UGGUUUAGCAGUUUCCGCAAAAAUGGAAAAAAACGAAUUCCGUGUAGUAAUAAAACACUUUUAUUUAAAGAAGUGGACAGCAGCGCAGAUCAAAGCCGAGUUAAACGAAGUUCAUGGGAACUCUGCUCCUGCAUUGAAGACCAUUUAUUUUUGGAUAAACGAAUUUAAACGUGGCCGAACCUGCACUGAAGACGAAGCGCGCUCCGGACGACCUGUUGAGAUUACAUUGGAUGUCGUGGAAAAAAUCCAUGGUAUGAUUAUGGAAAAUCGUCGAAUGAAGGUGCGUGAGAUUGCUGAGGCCGUAGGCAUCUCCACGGAGAGAGUGCAUAACAUCCUGCACGAAAAAUUGCAUGUAAAAAAGCUGUGUACGCGAUGGGUGCCGCGAUUGCUUACUCUCGAUCAAAAACGCAUGCGAAAGGACGUUUCAAUGCAGUGUUUGGCAAUGUUUAAGCGCAAUCCGCAGGACUUUUGGCGUCGAUUCGUGACUGUGGACGAAACUUGGAUCCAUUAUUACACUCCUGAAACGAAGCAGCAGUCAAAGCAGUGGAUAAUGUCUGGUGAAAAUGCGCCGAAAAAGGCGAAGACUGUUUUGUCGGCUGGAAAGAUGAUGACCACUGUUUUUUGGGAUUCUCAAGGAAUUAUCCUAAUUGACUACUUGCAGAAGGAUAAAACAAUAACAGGAGAAUAUUAUGCAACGUUAUUAGACCGUUUAAAAGAAGAGCUGAAAAAAAAACGGCCAAGAUCGUGUAAAAAAGUGCUCUUCCAUCAAGACAACACGCCAUCCCACAAGUCAACCGUUGCAAUGGCAAAACUACACGAAUUGGGCUAUGAAUUGAUUCCUCAUCCACCCUAUUCUCCGGAUUUGGCCCCAUGUAACUUCUUUCUGUUCCCAAACUUAAAAACUUGGCUCGGUGGGAAGAAAUUCUUGUCAAAUGAGGAAGUCAUUGUCGCCGUCAAUGAGUAUUUUGCAUACUUUGAGACAGCCUACUUUUCCGACGGUAUUAAAAAAUUGGAAAUUCGUUGGACUAAGUGUAUAGCCCUUGAUGGAGACUAUGUUGAGAAAUAG